AUGGGCGAAGCAUUGUUCGAUCUCGAGCAACUUCUCAUUUCCAAAAAGGAAAAAUUGACACCUCAGGAGGAAGGUAUUCUUCAAUCAUGCAAAGGUAAAGCUGUGAGGAAUUUCACUGCAAGUUCACUUCUUGGAGGUGCUGCUGUAUGGGCAGCAACCGGGAAACUCGGGAAAGCAUUUCGAGUAAACCUUUCAGCAGGAGCUGGUGCUUUCUUUGGACUGUGGAUAUUUAGUAGAUCCUUGUUUUCUUGUGCAGACCAUAUUCUUACACUGGAUGGCAGUAUAUUACAGAAGGAGUUAGCAAAUAUAAUGGUGACAAAGUACCAGAAUGACCCUUCGCUAAUGAAGCUUAUAUCUAAGCAUUUUUAUUCGGAAAGGAUUUAUGAUGAUUCUACCUCUAAUACUCCUAAAUUACGAUGGCGAUACCGUAAUUUUUUUAGCGAUAAUGCAAUCAAUGGAAAGAGGACACAUGAUCAUGGCUCAUAUAGUACAUCCCAAGGCAACUCUGACAAUGAUUCCUAUGAUAAAUCCCAAGGGUAUUCCGAUUCCUUUGAAAAAUCCCAAGGCAAGUCUGAAAAUGUUGCUGACAGCAGAAAAACAACUCGUGGGACCAAGCAAAUUUCCCAAGGCAAGUCUGAAAAUAUUACUGACAGCCAAAAAACAACUCGAGGGACCAAGCAAACUUUUAUAAAUCCUGGUUCUGAUAUCAUGUCAGAGGUAGACCCUCUUGAUUGUCUUUUUGGUGGUGUUCCAGUAGAGGAGAUUCUUCAUCCUAAUACCACAAACAAACCAUCAGCAACUCAUCAUCGAAGCCAUAGAAGAUAUCACCGUAGGCGUCGAAUGCGUGAUCCUGACGACCUUUCAAAAUCAGUUGACGCAGCCGCUGUUUGA